AAGAAAAAACAAAGAAAGAAAGAAACAAGAAGGAGGUCGCGCGACGCGGAGCCUCACACAGUACCUCCCCAUCGGAGACUUUACUCUCAGCUCUCAUCCUCGCCUUCCCCUCACCAUUCGCCGCCUUUCGCCUCGCCGUCUCACUCGGUGGCACCACUUCUCUGUCCUUGUUUCUCUUGUCGGCUUCAUUUUACAGUUCCAACUAGCCUUUCACAAAUGACGACACUUCAACCCUUGCUCCGUAAAUCUUCUCAGUUCUCUGUAUUUCUACGCUCAUUUGUCACUUCUGCAAAGCCUUCCCACCAUAAUGAUCACAAAAAGAACCACAAAUUCCUCGAACCCAACUCCUUCAUCGGAAGUUGGGAGGCUCCCAAGGACCCAAAGGAGGCGGAGGCUAGGCUUGCCCAGCUUAGAAGAGACUAUGCCAAGCAGGUCAAGGAGGUUCGCAAGGCAUAUAUCCAGGAGAUGGAGUUCAUGAGGCUCGAGAAGCAGAGGAAGGAUGAUGCUCGGAGGGAGGCCAUUAGGGUUGCUAAUGAAGAGCGUAAGAAGCUUAAGGCUGAGGUUGCUAAGGUCAAAGCUGAAGAACGCAAGAUUGCCCUGGAAGAAUUUCGACAAACCCUUUUAAAGGAAAGAGCAGAUAAACUUGAAACAUGGAGGAGGAUGAUGAGAAAGCAUGAAGAGAAGAAAAAAGAGAAGAGAGAGUUGUUGCACAAGCAAAGUUCAUUGUGGGUUGAGGAACCUGAACUGGAACAAAGGAUACUGGAAGCUAUGGUCGAUACAAAGCCACUUUGAGUCCCUUGCAGUUCCUUAGUUUGAAAUGCAUGGAACCUUUGUUUUGCAGUUUGUGGAAUCUUGGUCGUUUGUCCCAAGCAACCUCUUAAAGCGGUUUGUGCAUCAGAGUACAGAUUUGCAUUAAGUGGUUCGGCUAUAAGGUGCAUGAUGUAUGCAAAUAAAGUUCAUGUCUAUGCUUAUUGGAAAUUUUGGAUGUUAUGGUACCAUUUUUGAAGUGAUUUAUUCAAAGAGGUUCCAGUAAA